GAACGUGAUCUCAGAGGCCUGUUGUGUCUGACGAUAGACGCUGCGUGGGGGUUUUCGCUUUAUGUCAUUGGGAAACACGCGAGAGCUGCGUUUAGACCGUCGUUUCUCGUGCGUUGGCGGUGUCUUAUUGUCCUUUCCUUACUAACGCACUCAUAUAACGCUUUUGGCCUUCCGGGCUGGAUUUUAAACAGUUUUGCGAUGAAGAAGAUGAUGCGGCGGUACUGUGCUCGCGCUCGGCGGUCGUACAGAUGCGCUUGCAGCUGAGAUGAAAGAUGGACCGUAACACCGUCGAUGAAAAUGACCGAUUAAGGCUCUAACUCGCUGUUGUUUUCAUCUUACCCGCUAAAAUCCAAUGUUUAAGAUCUUGUUUAGGAUGGUCUUGAGGACGUCGAGCGGCGCAAGGCCCUCCGGACGCCAAACAAACCACCAGGGUUUCUAGCCUGUUAGCUAAUAACAGUGAAACACUGCAGUCAACAUAUAAAGAUGGAGCGUCAGCCCUAAGCUGUUAUUAGGACGAAGAUCAGGAAACAUAACCUGGUCUUUAUGUGCAUUUUUGCGCUGUAAGGCUCUUAGACUUGCAGCAACAUCAUAUCAUAGCAUACCAUGCAGUCGGGCUUGAACAUUGAAUAUUUUGUUUACUGGCGGCUGUCUGACAUCUAAGGAAAGAUUUAGUUCUUCAGUCAUAUAUCAGUUUGCAGAUAACCUGAGAUGGAUAAACUCACCAUUAUUUCAGGAUGUCUCUUUCUGGCUGCGGAUAUAUUUGCCAUAGCGAGUAUUGCAAAUCCAGACUGGAUCAACACUGGCGAGUCAGCAGGUGCUCUUACUGUGGGGCUAGUACGUCAAUGUCAGACCAUUCACGGACGAGAUCGAACCUGCAUCCCCCCAAGACUUCCCCCAGAGUGGGUUACCACACUUUUCUUCAUAAUCAUGGGCAUCAUCUCUCUCACGGUCACCUGUGGACUGUUGGUGGCCUCUCACUGGCGCAGAGAGGCCACAAAGUAUGCUAGGUGGAUCGCUUUCACAGGAAUGAUCUUGUUUUGUAUGGCCGCCCUCAUCUUCCCAAUAGGAUUCUACAUCAAUGAAGUAGGGGGACAACCCUACAAGUUACCCAACAACACAGUGGUGGGCUCCUCUUAUGUACUGUUUGUGCUCUCCAUUUUCUUCACAAUAGUUGGACUACUGUUUGCAGGGAAAGUCUGCCUUCCUGGCUGAUGGAAUGUUCCCAGCAGGGACAGCUGGAGCGUUCAAAGUGAAAAUGGAGGAAAACUGCACUCGUAGAAGAGGAGCAUCAGCAGGGGAUAGUAUUAUAAAACAACAAAAAGAAUCAAUGCACUGGGCAUAUGGCUACAUGCUCCCCCCACCCUGCCCAACCUGUGCUUAUUUAAACCCUGUUUUUGUUGCAUGUCCUUUUUUAAACCCAAAGGAUUUAAGUGUUGAAGUACAAGGAGCCAUCCAAAAACAAAACGGCCACAGCGGUUGCUUCUUAUUUUUCUUAUUUUUUUGUUGUGCAAGGAUUAUUGUUUCAGUACGUUUUAUUCAUUCAAGUUUUUCCGUUUUAUACACGUAUGUGUAUAAAGCGAUGAAGAAAGUAGUUGGAAACAUGAUGGGGCUGGCUGUGCAAUAGUGGUCACAGUUGCACCCCUGACAUCCUCUGUGUGCCCAGGUGCUGGCCUGGGCAAUACACUGUUACAGAAGAGGGAAAGGAAAAAGGGAACAGUAUUAAAAAAAAACAACACUACAUGAGACAAACACCAGGACUGCCGGUCAGGACCCUGCAAAGCUUUGCCUCGCUGUUAAACACUCAGAUAUUAAUGGAUGCCUCUGAAUUUAACAUCCAUACCAAAAGAAAUUGGUGCCUGCCAUUCAGUCAUAGGCAGACAUUUGCGCUUUGACUUAAAGGGAUAGUUCACUCAAAAAUGAAAAUUCUGUCAUCAUUUUAUCAUCCUCAUGUUGUUCUAAACCUGUAUGAAUUUCUUUUUUUAAUAUUUUAAUAAAUGAUAAGCCCACAGUUGACUGUACCCUUUGAAUUCCAUCGUAUUUGUUUUCCUUCUAUAGAAGUCAAGUUACAAUCAGCUGUGUGCUUACCAUAAUUGAUCAAAAUAUAUUCUAUUGUGUUCAUCAGAAAAAAAAUCAUACAGAUUUUAAACAACAUGAGGAUGAACAUUUUUUGGUGAACUAUCCCUUUAAUACCAGGUCAUUUUUUUCUUAUCUUGAACACUAGAUUUGCAAAGCCCUUUACUUGUUUGGUUUGAUUUGCUAAUGUGCCAUACACCUGUUUUUGUUGUAUGAAUGCUAAGGGCAUGUGUUUGGUUUUAGGGAGCACUGUUCUGUGCAUUAUGGUCAUUUUAAUAGGCGAAGCACUACAGAUGUACAAAAUGAGAACUCCUUACCUCAUUAUUUUGCAAUUCAAACUAUUUUUCCCCUUCACCAUGAUAAAAUAUGUGCCCUGUAAGUUAUGUUCUGCUUUGAUCAUGGACAUUUCAUAAAAAUGCUAAGAACAUGGCAAAUUAUUUAUCUGACACUGAAUAAAAUGAGACCAAGAA